UCCAACACCGAAAACCAAAAAGACAGAACCUGGCCUGUGUACCCGCCGAGGCCGCCUUCCUUCAUCAGGGUUUUACUUCACGCAGACUGUGCUUCAGUACGUGCGGCUCCCGUGCGUCAGGCGCACUGAGGACGUCUACAUCUGUCUGAAGGGAAUAACGCCAGCACCCACAGGAGACGACAGCUGCUUUUGGAAACGGCCAUGUGAGGUGGGACUAUGGAAGGCCAAAAUGCAAAACGCUGUUCCACCCAGACAAAUGAUGGAGACAGAGGAAUUGCAUACAGGCAUAAACUUAGUUGAUCCAAUGUUAAUGAAUUCACUGACUCUGACAUGGUAUACAACUGUGGAGUACAAAGGUGGAAAGGAGCUGCUGAAACAGUCACAUUUGGAAAGAUGAAUGAGGAAGGAAGAGGGGCAUGUUCUUUGGAUCACGUUGCUAAUGAAGAGUAGGCGUGCUCUAUCUGUGCAUAUGACACAGGACUAACUAAGUCAAAUGACAGCAUUGGAUGAGUUUCCACAGACUCUGCUAUGUAAAAGACAUCUCUCAGAUGUACAGGUCUUGACAAUCAACACACUGCUGUGAUUCAUGCCACAUAUGUGGGCUCUCAGGGGAAAAAGGUGGUCAGUCAGCAGAAGGGGAAACAAACGGAUGAUGCAUACCUGAGAGUUAUCUCAGCAUUUGGUUUACCCCUGUAGGACGACAAACCAGACCACUUUUGUCCAUUUUUUGAUAGAAAGGAGCAUAAGCUGUGAGUGUUCACCAUGCCUCGGAACCGAGCCUUUUCUGAGCCAGAGUACUCUGCAGAGUAUUCGGCUGACUGCUCGGUGACACUGCCCUCUGAUCCCGGGCAGGCAGUGGGACGAACACACGAGGUCACGGUUCGGAGUUCAGGAUGCUGCCACUGCCUGCCACGGUUCAUGCGGCUCACCUUCGCACCCGAGUCUCUGGAGAACCUCUACCAGACCUACUUCAGACGACAGAGACAUGAGACCCUGCUGGUGCUUGUUGUGUUUGCCGCCCUCUUUGACAGCUACAUUAUUGUCAUGUGUGCGGUGGUCUAUACCACUGACAAGCUGGCUUCUGUUUUAGUGGCCUCAGUGGGACUGGCAGCAGAUAUUAUCCUCUACCUGCUGUGCCGCUUCGGGCUGCUGCCAGACCGCAUCUCGAGACGGGUUGUGCCCUAUGCCCUGUGGGUGCUCAUAGCAGCUCAGAUAUUCUGCUAUCUGGGUCUGAACUAUGCUCGCUUCCACCAGGCUAGUGACACAGUUGGCUGGCAGGCUUUCUUUAGCUUUUCCUUUUUCCUGACUCUGCCUUUGAGACUGACACCCAUCGUGCUCAUCACUACUGUAUCCUGCGGGGUUCACACUCUGGUUCUGGGCGUCACCAUCGCCCAGCAGCAGCAGGAGGACAUCCAGGGAGCAGCACUUGGCAGACAGUUGGGUCAGGUCUUUCCAAAGAAGCUGGUGUCUUUCUCCACCUGGAUCGACCAUACCCGCUGGGCUCGUAACACCUGGGCUAUGGCAGCCAUCUUCAUCCUCACCAUGGCCGACAUCAUGGAUAUGCUGAGUUGUCUGCCUCGAGUCUCAGACACAGGCAGCCCAACUAUGGCUCCCUCCUCCUCCUCCUGGUCUGGCCCUGACAGUUGCUUGAACAACCCCAAAUAUUACAGCUACAUCGCUGUGCUGGCAUUGAUGGCCACCACCAUGCUGGUUCAGGUCAGUCACAUGGUCAAGCUGACACUGAUGCUGCUCAUCACAGUGGCCACCGGCAUUGUUAACAUCUACAGCUGGAGGGACAUCUUCGACCGCUAUGACAUGGCCCGCUUCCAGAACUACAGGUUAUACCUGGUGCCUUCCAAAUUCACAAUGACAAUUAUGAUCUUCAUUAUGAUGGUCAGCUUCUAUUAUUUCUCCCGACAUGUGGAGAAGCUCGCCCGCACCCUGUUCCUGUGGAAGAUUGAGGUCCAUGAGCAGAAGGAGAAAGUGUAUGAGAUGAGGCGCUGGAAUGAAGCACUGGUGACCAACAUGCUGCCUGAACAUGUUGCUCGACACUUCCUUGGCUCCAAGAAAAGGGAUGAGGAGUUGUACAGCCAAUCCUACGAUGAGAUUGGAGUCAUGUUUGCCUCAAUCCCCAACUUCUCUGACUUCUACACAGAGGAGAGCAUCAACAAUGGAGGGAUUGAAUGCUUACGGUUCCUCAAUGAGAUCAUCUCAGACUUUGACAGUCUGCUGGAUGAGCCUCAGUUCCGCUGCAUUACAAAAAUUAAGACCAUCGGCAGCACCUACAUGGCAGCAUCAGGUGUCACCCCAGACAUCAGCAAUGGCUACGCCUGUAUGAAGAAGGAGGAGCAGUCUGACAGAGAGCGCUGGCAGCACCUGGCAGACCUUGCAGACUUUGCUCUGGCAAUGAAGGUCACACUCAUGAACAUCAACUACCAGUCAUUCAACAACUUCAUGCUACGCAUUGGUCUGAAUAAGGGCGGAGUAUUAGCAGGAGUAAUUGGUGCCCGAAAACCACACUACGACAUCUGGGGCAACACUGUGAACGUGGCCAGUCGCAUGGAGUCGACAGGGGUUAUGGGAAACAUCCAGGUGGUGGAGGACUGCUACAACAUCCUGAAGGAGUAUGGCUUCCGAUUUGUGAGGAGGGGGCCCAUCUUUGUGAAGGGGAAAGGGGAACUGCUCACUUAUUUUCUGAAGGGAAGAGACAAACAAGGCUCAUUUAUCAACAGCUCCUCUGUCACUCUGCCACACCAGGUGGUGGACAGCUAAGGGCCACACUCACUCAUAUGUGCGCGCGCACACACACACACACAUACACACACACACACACACACGUUCAAUAUCUAAGGUAUAUGUGCAAGUAGAGAUUGUACUGAAGAAUUUACUGAAGAGAUUAGAAACUGAGUGCGUCAGACACAUAGAUACAGACUAAAUUGUAUUAAAACAAUACAAAAUAAAAAUAAUUAUAUUAAUAAAGGCAAGUAUAGAUGGGAUAGGCUGGCAGCAGCAAAAUCAUUACAUGACUUCAUGCCCCCUAGUCGAGUGAUGGCCACAUAUUGUUUAAUUUAUAAAUUUCAUUUAGAAGUUGAAUUUCAUUGAUAAAAUGUAAGAAAAAAGCUUUCUUGCAAUGUUAAGAAAUAUUUUGAAAGAAAUCCUGGAUUUGCACCAAAAUGAAUCACGUGUUUCUUGAAAAUGACUUACCUUUUCACCAAAUAUAGUGGGAUUUCCUGCUAAUCAGCAAACAGACAAACUGAUAGUGACUUGAAAUUGAAUGUAAUUAAACAGCCAGUUCACCCCCCUUACAAAAAGAAAAGUACAGCAGUGAUGAAUGGACCCUCGCAUACAUCGGGGGAGUGGCUGAUGUGGUAUCGUUACUGGAGGCACAGAUUUGAAUUUUCACAGCUAUUGGACAGUGCAUGAAUAAGAUGGAGAUGACAUUGGAUAUCAUGUAUAAUACAUUUACCGGAGGUCAUCUGACAUGGAUAAACAUUUUCAUGAAUAUUGGACACUGCAUGAAGGAGUUAAAUAUCACUUCCUGUGUCAACUAUGUGGCGCUAGAGAACACAUACUAAUUUAACAUUAUUUUUUCUGCAUACCAAGUGGAGACCACACGAUGAAAUUAUAUAUAAAUCAAAAAAAGCUUUCUGCUACCAGUCGGUGGCGCUAUGACUAUACCUCAAUAUUGGCAUGUAGAUGUCUUUAGGGACUCCUAUCAAGCAUGUGAUUAUUUGGGGCAGAUUAGACAACACACAGACACAACAAGUUCCAUAAAAACCACGUCCGUAGUAUUGUGAAGGUCUUUACACUUCGCUGACCAAAUUUGGGGUGGAUCUGGUUGAGCUGCUAGAAGGACUUCCUGAAAGUAUAGCACCUUUUUAAAAUGGCACACUUAAAUCAAAAUGGCUGAUUUCCUGUUGGGUGUAGGGCAUGGCACCAAGAGGCUUUUGUCUGGAAAAGUACUUACCAAAUUUUGUAAAGCUAGGUGAAAUGUAGAUGUGUGUGCCAACCCUAAGCACUCAAAAAUGCAACUGAAUGGUAAAAUGAAUAAUAAUUCCUGAAAUACAAAAACAAUACAUAAAUACUUUCUCCUUUGCCUGUGUGGUAUCUAGUCUUGCAGAUAGUUUUGAUUUUAUUUCCUUAGGUGCCCCAGAACCUUCUGUCCUCACCUUAAUGUAAUAAAGGGGAAUGAAAUAUUAUUGUUACUGCAGUAUGGAACUGGAGGCUUGUAGAAUGUUUUCACACUCUACUGUGACAAAACAAAAGUGAUCUAAAAACAGCCUCUCCAUACUGACAGUGUAUAUAAACAGUGUUGGGCAAGUUACUCAGAAAUUGUAAUUAGUUGCUAGUUACUUAUUACUCCUUAAAAAAGUAAUAAUGUUACUUUACUUGUGACUGGGUGAUUAUUUUCAUUACCACCCCCCCCAAACAAAGCAUUCUCUCCCAACUCCUGACUUUUUAGCUAAUAUCAUAUUUAUAACAGCAGCAAGGAGUAUGGUUUUUAUGCAAGUCUCUCCUGACUUUUGAACUAUUGUUUUUCUUUUUUGAUAGUAGACAAUAAACUAGAGGAAGGGACAUGCAACAAAGGUCACCAGCUGGAAUCAAACCAGGGACAUGGCCGUUAUGUGGUAUGCUCUGUAAUGUAACCAUUCAGCUAUCGCAACACCCCAUGUUAAAUUCCAUUUCGGUCACAUUCAGUUUUGUCUUAGUGCAAAACAUUUGAAUUGAGUAAUUCAAACAAAAAUGGUGUUUUGAAUUCAACAUUUCAGCAUGAGGAUGACUAACAUGCCUAAUUUAAACCGAAAUAAUUUAAAUACAAUGAUGGUCUUUAAUUACUUUUUGUAAAUGUCUCUCAGAUAAAAACAGAACAUUGAUCUCUCACACACACACACACACACACACACACACACACACACACACACACACACAUACACACACAUACACACACACACACACACACACUUACUAGCCUUUUUGCAAACACACCAGUUUUGAUGCCAUCUCCUCAGCACAUUAACGCUAUGUGGCUUUUGGACACUCAGAAAUUCUGGACAUUUCUACCCAUACUUCCAUGUACAGGAACCUGAUUGACUGAUUUGAGUUCACAUUUUCUGUCUCUGACGAGGAAGAGGAUUUGGAAGUGGACCAAUGAGAGGCUAGAGUGUGACAGUAGAGACUGAUCUGCCACCUGCUGCUUGCCCAUGUGUGGUUAUGGGUGUGUAUAAGAGUGUGUGUGCGUUGCUCAUAGUGUAUUUUUCCACAGUCACAGUGUUCUUUAUCCUUCGUCUGAUCUGGGAACAUGUCAGGUCUGUCAGUACUGCGCUCUCCUCUCUGCUCCUGGACCUCUCUACACCGCUGGCUUCUGGACUUUGCUAUGCGUCUGUACAGUGUGAUGUAGGUGAGGGACAAAGGUUAGCACACAUGGCAGAGAGAUUUUUCACACGGAUUGUGGAUUGACGAAAGUGCCUAUUGCAGCUAUGAUCGCCAUGUUUUAAUUAAAUUGAGGAAUUCCCAGGCCCUCUACAAGCGAGGGAAAUUUCCAAUGCUGUGAAAAGAUAAUUCCAGUUCAUUAAAAUCUUUGUAGCACAUUAGAGUCUGUUAGACUAAAAUGGUAUAGAUAAUCUGAUUAAAGCACUGGGUUUGUAUCCAACAUGUCUGAAUGUCUGACUGCUUGUGUUUCUUGACCAAUUAGACCAAAUUUUAAUUGUAUUUUUAUUUUAGACCUUAUGACAUAAAAUCUUGGCCUUGACUUGAAGGGGCAAUAUGUAGUUUUUCAAUGAAAUCACUUAUCAAUAAAUCAAAUUCUGCCUUAUUGUCAAUGGGCUGUAGCCUCACUUAGAAAUUAAGCACACACCUUUUUUCUUUGUUGCUUGCAUCAGCCACUAUUCUGCUUUUAAUGUGAAGGCACGGGGUCGGGAUGUAGCCCUGUGCGCGCGCCUGAGCCUCUCUCCAACCAUACCGACAACACCGCAGCUAAUGACAUGCGGUCCACUAACACAACAAAACAACCGGCUCCCAGCACAACACAGACUCCAACAUAAACUCCACAUAAGGAUAAAAACAAUAAAGGUUCAUGUGUUGACGCCCAUCAGACCAAACGAGAUUCAGAUGAUGUUGGAUGAAAAGUGAAGUGAACCUCAGAAAGGCUGGCAUCAUGUAGAGAGUCACGUUAGCUUGCCGGCUAAUGUUAUGCGGUGCAAAGUUAUAUCACUUUCCACAUUACUUGACCCGCUAACGCAACCCUAUUACUAUCCUGUGUACCACCAGGAUUAUGUCAAAGUGUGCAUUUUAACCGCUGUCACACUGCCUUUGGGAAUGUUGAAGUAACAAAGUCUGAACACGUCUAUGUGAAAAGCCACAGCCAGCAUGCUGGUGUUUCCGCGUUUAUUGUGGGAUCUCUGUAUGAAAGCGGUCGUGUUUUGGAUUAUGCUCCAAAAGCCUAUGGUUCAAGCAUGCAUAGAGCACAUGCCUGGUUGCGAUCUUAAAACCGCACCACUAGUGGCUGCUGAAAACUACAUAAUGCCCCUUUAAUGGGUACCAUAUUAAAAAAGUCAAAAGGGACACAAGCUUUUAUAAACUGGAAUUUAAAGUACAAUGAGAAAGUAGUAUAUUUCAUGAUGUAAAAUAACAGCACCAAAAAGUUAAAUUCAUGAAGUUGAACUUGCUGCUGCAGCCUUUGGAUGCUGUUUGCACAAGAUUUGGAUCAAUCUCAUUUUCACCUGGUACUAAAAUCCGAUCUGUAUCUGGCUCUCAUUAUCUUAACUCUGCCCGUACUGUGGUCGGAUCGCGCCCCACGAUUUAGAAGGUGAGCCAGCUGACUUUCUGCAGCAAUUGUCCAGUUUUGAUAUGAAGUGCUGUCCAUCCACAGUGCUACUAAGCAGAGGUUUCAUCCAUUUCGAAGUAACUUCUUGCAACGGGAGAUAUGCUAGAUAUGCUACUACCUGUAGCUUUUUGGUGGCCAGCUUGAGAAAGCAGGAAGAGGCGGAGUUAAGUGACCUUUCUUGUUUGGUGCACUUUUUUCUUCAGAAUGUGGUCAAACUAAACAGACAUUAUUUACACCUGGCUAAGAUCUGAUCACAAUGUGAGCUUGACCACCUCCAGAUGUGGAUUCUGUGUGUGUUAAUACCUGGACAUGUUUUCCAUGAUCCUGAUAAUGUGUCAGAUACAGAUGUCAUGUUCAUAUCAAGUGGAAAUGGGGUCUUACUUUUCUAAUGCAUUCCGGCCUGAAAUUGCCUAUCUUCUGUGUGUCUUUCUAGUCUGUUUGCUUGUUUGUGUGAAGGGUUGCAUAUUCCAAAAUGGACACGUGUACACACAGGGUUGUGCAUAUACUAAUGUGUUUACACUUGCAGGAUAUGGUCUGUGUGGUCAACAGCUGUUUUGGGUACAGGCAAAAUCUGCAAGAUGUAUGCAAUGACCCUCACAGAGCUGGCAGGUGAAAAAAUGUACAUUACUCGAACCCACCUGGCUAUUUGGACAGUCUAAGUUACACUUAAGAGAACAUGUCCUCCCACAACUUUAGCAGGUCUACCCUCCAGCGGAGUCAUCUUGGUCCCUCUACCCAAGGUGGAAGUAAAGUUGAAAGGUUGAUGCCAGAAUUAACAUGUACACUGGAAAAGUGUCUUAGCAGUCAAGCUUAGAAAGCAAAAAAGGUUGACCUAAUUACAUGACAUUUUGGAACAAUUGCAGGCAAAUGGUGUAUUGGGAAAUGUUGAACAAGGCUGCACAAUAUGUAAAAACAGGUCUGACUACACAUGCAGGGAUUGAAGCCCAUCACUGUGCCUCCUUUUUGUCAUUUUGCUUGCAACAACACACCAAAUUGUUUGCAUUUGGAUAACAUGUGACACUCCUUCUAAAGUUUGUAUUUCCGAUGUACCAAGGCGUUGAUAUGACAGUGAGCAGUGAAAUGCAGAAUGAGCAGGUGGCAGCUGUACUUCAUGUGUGUUUUGGGGGGAAGAUUUUAGAGAGCCGUUGCUCUUCUGCUGAUUGUGAUCCCAUUAGUGUCUCUAUAGAAUAGGAUGAAAGUGCAAUAGUUUCUUCUACAAACCAUGCGCUCCUCUCUUAUGAAAAGGUUCAGUCACUCCCCUUUAAUUCAUAUUUUUAUAAUGUAAUGUAUAAGUUUUGUUCUAUUUAAAGAAAGGGAAAGAGGACUGAAUGUAUCCUCAUUGUACAUAGAGUUUAGACAGUGUUUAUUGGAUUUAUUUAUUGGAAAAGACAGGGACAUCUUUUUUUUUUUUUUUUUAAACUGAUGUGGAAGUGCCAAUGAUGAAGGAAUGGCUUUAGAUGUAAAAGCCAAAACAUGGACCAUGGCUGUUAACUGAUUUGUAUUUUAAAAGAAUCUCAGGCUUGGGAACGAAAUAGCACUUUCAAUAAUGUAUUGUGAACUUUUUUUAGCUAAGUACCAACAGAAGAACACCGAAAUGCCAUCUGGAGAGCCCACACCAGCAGGGCCAGCUGAUGGCAUCAAAAGGCAACACAACGUUUCUAUCAUGUGGUUCUGGUUGUUGUUACCAUUCAGCUUUUGUCAGAAUUUGAUUCAGAACUUUGAUCUUCUCCGUUUUUGUGAAUUAGACAUACUGUCGGUCUACUUAGCCUGUUCUGAGCAGUUGAUCCAUAUUCUGUUUUUUGAGUUAAGGAAUAUCUCCCUCACCCUUUCAUUUGAGUUGUUUGUCAUCAUAACGUGAGUUGAUUAAAAAAAAUCUAAUAAA